CUAUUCUGUUCAUCAACAUGCCCUUAUUAAGAUUCCUAGGACCAAUCAUAUCGGAGUAGUACUAAAAUCAACUAGUGAGAUGAUCACAAGUUCACAGCACAGCGUGAAGCACAGAUAGCGAUGAUAUUAUACUUGGGUAAGUACAGGUUCAUUUCAUCAGCGUGCUAAUACCAAUCUUUUGCUGCCUGCCCCUGUUUUUAAGACUCUGACCUUCAACUUGGGUGUUUGUAGCGAGGGAGCAAUAAAGUUGAUAUUGAUACUGUACUACGUAGGAUUGAUUCACAGGUAGAGACAAAGACAAGCCUUACAAAAGCUUUGCUGCCUUGCUGCUGAAGUUCAGUGCAACUCAACCCACUCCUUCCUCCUGCUCUGCCCUCUCCACCUACCAAGCUUUCGAGUGCCAGCCAUGGCAGCAGGCGCCAUACCGCUGGCGUACCAGAGCUCGCCGUCGUCGCCGGAGUGGCUGAACAAGGGCGACAAUGCGUGGCAGAUGACAUCGGCGACGCUGGUGGGCCUGCAGAGCAUGCCGGGGCUGGUGAUCCUGUACGGCAGCAUCGUGAAGAAGAAAUGGGCCAUCAACUCCGCCUUCAUGGCGCUGUACGCCUUCGCCGCCGUCUGGAUCUGCUGGGUGGUGUGGGCGUACAACAUGUCGUUCGGCGACAGGCUCCUCCCGUUCUGGGGCAAAGCCAGGCCGGCCCUCGGGCAGAGCUUCCUGGUGGCGCAGUCGCAGCUCACGGCCACCGCCGUGCAGUACCGCCGCCGCGACGACGGGACGACCGCCGAGGCGGCCAUGCUCCGCCCGCUCUACCCGGCCGCCACCAUGGUCUACUUCCAGUGCAUGUUCGCCAGCAUCACCGUCAUCAUCCUCGCCGGCUCGCUGCUGGCGCGCAUGAACAUCAAGGCGUGGAUGGCCUUCGUCCCGCUCUGGAUCACCUUCUCCUACACCGUCUCCGCCUUCUCGCUCUGGGGCGGCGGCUUCCUCUUCCAGUGGGGCGUCAUCGACUACUCCGGCGGAUACGUCAUCCACCUCUCCUCCGGGAUCGCCGGCCUCACCGCCGCGUACUGGGUGGGGCCGAGGUCGGCGUCGGACAGGGAGCGGUUCCCUCCCAACAACAUCCUGCUGGUGCUGGCGGGGGCCGGACUGCUGUGGCUUGGAUGGACUGGCUUCAACGGCGGCGACCCUUACGCGGCCAACAUCGACUCGUCCAUGGCGGUGCUCAACACGCAUAUCUGUGCCUCCACCAGCCUCCUCAUGUGGACGCUCCUUGAUGUCUUCUUCUUCGGGAAGCCGUCGGUGAUCGGCGCCGUGCAGGGCAUGAUCACCGGCCUUGUAUGCAUCACCCCUGGUGCAGGCCUGGUGCAAGGGUGGGCAGCUAUUGUGAUGGGAAUUCUCUCUGGUAGCAUCCCCUGGUACACUAUGAUGGUACUGCACAAGAAAUGGUCCUUCAUGCAGAGGAUCGACGACACCCUUGGCGUAUUCCACACCCACGCGGUGGCUGGGCUCCUCGGCGGCACCACUACGGGACUUUUUGCUGAGCCCGUCCUCUGCAACCUCUUCCUCUCCAUCCAGGAAUCCAGAGGUGCAUUUUAUGGUGGUGAUGGUGGAUCACAGUUUGGGAAGCAGAUUGCUGGCGCACUCUUCGUCAUUGCCUGGAACAUCGUUAUCACUUCCAUAAUCUGUGUUCUUAUUGGCCUAGUCCUGCCCCUCCGAAUCUCUGAUGAACAGCUGCUUAUCGGGGAUGAUGCUGUACAUGGUGAGGAGGCCUAUGCUAUAUGGGCAGAAGCUGAGCUCAAUGACGUAACCCGCCAUGAUGAAGGCAGACAUAGCAGCGUCGCUGUAGGAGUUACACAGAAUGUUUGAGCAUAGUUCUUGUAAGGUUAAAAGGAAAAAAAACACAAAGUGCAUUUGUUUGCUAACUGCUAUCAAUUGAUGACACAAAAUUGUAUGCAAUUAAGCACCUGUUUAUGGAGGGAAGUAGAGUGUCAGUUUUUUUUUUUUUUGGUGAGUGGGGAUCUGGAAUCUUUUCUGCUUUCAUGAUUAUCUAUGCUGUACAUUUGAAGCUGUAGAAACAAGAUAUUCUUUGCCACAAGUUGUCGCAGUUGUUCAUGCCAUGACUCAUGGAGAAAAUUCACUUCAAUAACACUCUUUGUACAA